GUUCUUGCAAUGCAGUUACUGUACGGAUGUAUUGGCCUUCAAAUGAGAUAGAUCCUCGACUGAUUGGGGAAUGGGAUUUUGAAACAUCGUCUCAACAAAAGCUAACAUUUUCAGCACUGAAUCAUCUUAUAAACUAUGGCUAAGAAUUACCAAUCGGGGUUUCACGAGGAAGGCCCAAUCACGUCAUUCAUAGACAGAAUUUCAGAUGUUUACAACUCAACUCUUUCAAAAGGAGAUGCAAGGGUAGAGGAAUGGCCGCUGAUGCAGUCCCCGUUGCCAUGCGCUAUCAUCCUGGUUGCCUACUUCAUCUUCCUCCAUGUUGGCCCUAAGAUGAUGGAGAAUCAGAAACCCUUCGAGCUUAAGCCGGUCCUGGUUCUCUACAACGCCGCGCUGGUCUUGCUUUCACUCUACAUGUGCUAUGAGUUUCGGAUGUCAUCCUUGCUUGCCAAGUAUAACUACAUGUGUGAUCCUGUCGACUAUUCAAAUAACCCACUCGCGUUGAGGAUGGCGAGUGUGUGCUGGUGGUAUUUCUUCUCCAAGAUCAUCGAGCUCCUCGACACCGUCUUCUUCGUCCUGAGAAAGAAGAACAACCAGGUCACCUUUCUUCACGUCUACCAUCACAGCACCAUGAUCGUCAACUGGUGGCUGGGGGUUAAAUACAUAGCCGGUGGACAAUCUUUCUUUUUAGCGAUGUUCAACUGCUCUGUGCAUGUGAUAAUGUACACGUACUACGCCCUCUCCGCCCUUGGACCGCACAUGCAGAAAUAUUUGACAUGGAAAAAAUAUCUUACACAAAUACAGCUGGUCCAGUUCUUCCUGGUUUUAUUCCACACCGGUUUCAAUAUCUUCGUUGAAUGCUCGUUCCCAAAAGGAUUCAACUAUGCCGUCUUUCUCUACGCGAUAUCCAUGGUUCUCCUCUUCGGCAACUUCUACAGUAAAUCGUACAGGAAGAAAGAAAAGACAGAGAAGGCCAAGUUAUAAGCCAAAAACAUGAUCAAUAAGCCAAAAGACAUGAAUAAUAAGCCAAAAGACAUGGAUGAUAGGCCAAAAGACAUGAAUGCUAAGCCAAAAGACAUGACCAAUAGUCAAUGUGCCUUGUAUUACAGUUGGAGCACUGUGGUGUAUUGAUGAAGGUUCCUGAAUCCUUUGCGAGAGGACUAGUCCCGGGUUUGAUCCUUACUUACAUCCAGGCUUGGACGAGGCAUUUUGCCCAUAUUUGACUCUCUCGACCCACUUGAUGGGGACCUGACAUUUCUUGGGUCAUACGGGCUUGUAGAGAGAGCAGUAUCGAUAUUAAUGUGGUUUACUUGGGCGAAUAACACCAAACAAUCAUUCAAUUGAUUAUUUGAUUUGAUUUGAUUUGAUUUUCUUCUGCAUUCAUGUAAGUGCACAGUUUUUCGAUAACAAUAGUAAU